GUCUAUCGACUUGUGAACAAGAACCCUCGGAAUAUAAAAACGGUAAACCUUCCGAUUUUCUCCAGUCUGCCGCAAUUCGGUUAGUUGGCAGGUUUCAACCUGUGGUGAAAAUUCUCAAGUGUCCAAAUCGUGUUCUGACGUGAUUACCGAGUCGACCAAGUCAACACGAGUCAACCAUCCGACUUCCAAGUACCAAUACGCGAUAGCAGCGCGCGCACAAACUUGUUUAGUUGGAAGGUUGGAAGCUUGGAAGGAAGACAACAUGGCGGUCGUUCAGUCAGUAAACUUACCCACUUGGCCUAACUAACUAGCGAGCACUGGGAGUUUAAAACCUGUGAAAAGGCGAGCCAAGAAGCUAAUCAAGAAAUUUCUCGGUCCGAGUCAUGGUGAGGAAUUACAAGCGGAAGUCCAAUUGGCAAAGUUGGGAUGAGCAGAAAAUGAUACAGGCGAUAAUCGAUGUGAGGAAAAAUAAAAAGUCGGUGAAACAGACUGCCAAAAAGUAUGGAUUGCCACCCUCGACGCUCUAUCGGCGAGCCAACAGGCAGGAAGAUCCAAUUUUGGCUGCUAAAAAGACUUUUGGUUCUUCAAAAAAAGAUAAGCCAGCCAAAUUUGAAGAAAUAUUCUUUCCUUCGAUACGAGUUAAAGAAGAACCUAGUUAUGGCGGAUCUUCUUCAAUGGAAUACGAGAUGCAGCCGGUUUUUCACAGGGGUAAUCAUACCCUCCGAGUUCCAAUGACACUUUUUGCUGACAAUCGACGAAGACUGAUAGAACGUCUCAAGGCGAAAGCGGAAGUCGAGAACAAAGGAAGCUUCGUGGUUCUCCAAGGCGGUGCGGAUGUUCCCUACGACGACACCGACGUAUCCUGGCCUUUUAAACAGGAAUCCUUCUUCCAAUAUUGUUUCGGCGUUGAGGAACCGGACUGCUUCGGAGUCCUAGAUUUGAACGCGGGCUCGUCGAUCUUGUUCUUUCCACGUUUACCAGCUGAAUAUGCAGUUUUCAUGGGGAAGAUACACUCCCUUCAAGAUUUCAAGGAAAGAUACGAUGUUGAUGAAACCUACUAUACUGACGAAAUCGCCUCAGUUCUCAGCCAAAAAAAUGCAUCCUUACUCCUCACUCUGAAUGGAACAAAUUCAGAUAGUGGACUUCCAGCACGAGAAGCUGUUUUCGAUGGAAUUGAAAAGUUUAAAGUCGAUAACAAGAUUCUCUAUCCAGAAAUAUGCGAGUGUCGUGUGAUAAAGUCACCUGCAGAAAUCGAAGUUAUGCGGUACGUUGUGAAGAUCAGUUCUGAAGCACACAAGAAAGUGAUGCGAACGGUGCGUCCAGGCUUGAUGGAAUAUCAAGGCGAGGCUGCUUUUCAACAUUAUGCAUAUUCCGUUGGAGGCUGUAGACACAUGGGCUAUAUUUGCAUUUGUGGUUCGGGCCAUAAUGCUUCCAUUUUGCAUUAUGGUCAUGCUGGGGCACCAAACAGAAAAGAAAUUGUCGAUGGGGAUAUCUGCCUUUUCGAUAUGGGGGCGAUUUACUGUGGAUAUACGGCAGAUAUCACUUGCAGUUAUCCAGCAAAUGGAAUCUUCACCCCCGAUCAGAAAUUAAUUUACAACGCAGUUUUGAAAGCGCGAGAUGCUGUAAUGAAUGCAGCAAAGCCUGGGGUUUUUUGGACUGAUAUGCAUCUCCUAGCGAAUCGAACAAUGUUGCAGGCUCUGAAAGAAGGAGGCCUUUUGGUUGGUGAAGUUGAUGAAAUGAUGAAAGCUGGUUUGAAUGAAAUUUUCCAGCCACAUGGUCUCGGUCAUUUAUUGGGACUCGAUGUUCACGACGUUGGUGGAUAUUUACCAGGAAAUCCGGCAAGAUCAACCUUGCCAGGUGUAAGGAAAUUGAGAAUGGCUCGGAAAUUGCUGGCUGGAAUGGUUCUCACUAUCGAACCUGGAUGCUACUUUAUCGAUUGUCUUUUGGAUCCUGCUUUAGAAAACAAGGAACAAUCAAAAUUCCUCGUCCCGGAAAAAAUUGCCAGAUUUCGAGGAUGGGGCGGAGUUCGAAUCGAGGAUGAUGUCCUCAUAACCGAAACUGGAACCGAAAAUUUGACUCAAGUUCCACGCACAGUCGAGGAAAUCGAGAAAUGGAUGUCUGUUGGAAGAAGCGAUCUGGUUCUGCCUCAGGACCAGAAACUGGAAUGAAAAAUUGGCCACGGAAUGUCCCAUAGAGCCGUAAAAAUUUCUCCAAUUCUCCAGACAAAAAUGAAGGUUUAAGAAGAAGUUUUUCCUUAUCUUCCCUUUUUUUCUACACUUUCCUCCUCUCGUUUUGCUUACGUAAAAUUAACGAUACUCUUAAAAUUUAUCCUUAUGUCCAGUCAAGGUAGAGAAAAAAACGAAGAAUUUGCGCAUGGAGUCGAAUUUAUGCACGUUAUUCGCAAAUAGAAACUGUUACUUUUUCACAUUGCUGAAUUUCCUCAUGACUUUCUAAAUAUUUUUAUGAUAUGUUAAGGAAAAUCUCGGAUUAUAAAGUUGCGAGAUUUAAUUUUUUAGCCAGACCGACUUGUAAAUUCCUGGUGUGAAGUCAGAUGGAAAUAAAGACGCUUUUGUAAUUAUGUA